AUGGCGGGCGCACAGCGAGGCAUCGUGCCGUCGCUGGACACGGUGCGGUCCAUCGUCGACAAGCCACGCGACAAGGGCCCGAGGCCGACGCUUGUGCCCGUGUACCGGCAGAUAUCGUCGGACCUCAUCACGCCGUCGGCCGCCUACCUCAAGGUCUCGGCGCACUCGUCGUCCGACUACUCAUUCCUCUUCGAGUCGGCCGCCACCGAGCAGGUCGGGCGAUGGAGCUUCGUCGGCGCCGGCCCGCGCAAGAUGCUCGCCACGGGACCCGGCCACGGCCCGGAGACGGACCCGUUGCCGGCCCUCGAGCGCGAGCUGGCCCGCCACGUCGUCGCCCACGUCCCCGGCCUUCAGCUACCGCCCCUGACCGGCGGCGCCAUCGGGUAUGUGGGCUACGAUUGCGUCCGCUACUUUGAGCCCAAGACGGCCCGUCCCAUGUGCGACGUCCUCGGCAUCCCCGAGUCGCUCUUCAUGCUCUUCGACACCAUUGUCGCCUUUGACCGCUUCUACGGCGUCAUAAAGGUCAUAAGCUACGUGGCGGUGCCCUCGCCCGAGGAUGGCGGCGGCGAUGAAGCUAGUGCAAGAAGCCUCGAGGCCGCAUACGACAAGGCGCGCGCCACCAUCGACGAGCUCGUCGACGUGCUCGAGUCGCCUGAUAUGGAGACGCCCAAGCAGGAGCCCGUGGUGCUGGGCCACGAAGCAAAGUCCAACAUCGGCCGCGAGGGCUACGAGGCGCACGUCACGCGCCUCAAGGAGCACAUAGUCCGCGGCGACAUCUUCCAGGCGGUGCCGUCGCAGCGCUUCGCCCGCCCGACCAACCUGCACCCCUUCAACAUCUACCGCCACCUCCGCACCGUCAACCCGUCGCCCUACCUCUUCUACGUCGACUGCAAGGACUUUCAGAUCGUCGGCGCCUCGCCCGAGCUGCUCGUCAAGAGCGAGGCCGGGCGCAUCAUCACGCAUCCCAUCGCCGGCACCGUCAAGCGCGGCAAAACGCCCGAAGAGGACCAGCGCCUCGCCGACGAGCUGAGCAGCUCGCUCAAGGACCGCGCCGAGCACGUCAUGCUCGUCGACCUGGCCCGAAACGACAUAAACCGCGUCGCAGACCCCUACACGGUCCGCGUCGACCGCCUCAUGGUCGUCGAGAAGUUUAGCCACGUCCAGCACCUCGUCUCCCAGGUCUCGGGCGUCCUGAGGCCCGGCAAGACACGCUUCGACGCCUUUCGCUCCGUCUUCCCCGCCGGCACCGUUUCGGGCGCGCCAAAGGUCCGCGCCAUGGAGCUCAUUGCCGAGCUGGAAAAGGAGAAGCGCGGCGUCUACGCCGGCGCCGUCGGAUACUUUGGCUACGGCGGCGAGGACGCAGACGGCAAUCCGGUAGAGGGAGCCAUGGACACGUGCAUUGCGCUGCGCACCAUGAUGACCAAAGAUGGCGUGGCCUACCUCCAAGCAGGCGGAGGCAUUGUCUUCGACUCGGACGAGUACGAGGAGUGGCAGGAGACCAUCAACAAACUGGGCGCCAACAUGCAGUGCAUUGCAUCGGCAGAGGAGUUCUACCACCACCACCAGCAACAGCAAGCCGCCAAGGCCAAGACGGCGCACUGA